AUGUCAACAGCUCUUAGCUUGCUGUACGCCCUCCGGAAACCCAAGAUACUCUUCCGCUCACACGACAGGUCAUCAUAUCAUGUUACCGACAUACCCAACCUCUCGGGAAAGGUCGCCUUGAUCACAGGCGGGACGCAGGGAAAGGGGUUGGAGAUCGCAAAGGUAUUCGCCUCCGCCGAAGCACGCGUACUCAUACUGGCGCGCGACGAAGAUAAACCAGAUGUUGCGCUCCUCCAGGUCAAGCAGCAUUGUAGGGCACAGCAGAUUUUUUCCCCGGAUGUGAAUCUUAUCCAGUGCAAUCUGGCUAAUUUGGCGGAUGUAAGGCGGGUCGGCGAUAUAGUGUCCGAGCAGGAGAGCCGUAUAGACAUCGUGGUAUGUGAUGCCGGCAUCGGCCUGCAAACUUUCGACGUCUCUGAAGACGGCAUGGACCGCCACUUCGCCGUCUCGCAUCUGGCCCACUUCCUCCUCAUCAACCGCCUCCUCCCACUCCUCCACCGCACAGCGUCGGUACACCCUCACUCAGACUCGGACCCACCAUCACCCUCCCGAGCACCGACUCGCCCUCGCAUCAUUUUCCUCGCGUCGGCCCUCCACUCCGUCGCGCCGCCAGACGCGCACUUCAUCUCCAACGCGGAGCUCUCCUCCGAGUCCGGCUCCGCGGACUCCCCCCUCGCGCUCUACGCACGCGCGAAGCUCGCCUCCGUCCUCUUCGUCAAGUCCCUCGCGCGACACCUCGACCAGCACGUGCUCGUGCUCUCAGUGGACCCAGGCGCGAUCCACCCGAAGCAGCCCGAGCAGCUCUCCCGAGCCUUCGGCGCCGUCUGGGGCAGCGCGCUCAGAGUGCUCACAUCGCCGUUCGAGCGCUCGGUGGACGAGGCGUGCCUGGCUGCGCUGUGGGCGGCGACGGCACCCGAGCUCGAGGAGGAGUGGCAGCGGUGGCAGGGCGCGUACGUCUCCGCGGUGGGCGUCGCGGGCGAGGGGAGCGAGAUGGCGCGCGACGGGAUGCGCGAGGAGCAGCUGUGGAGGAUGAGCGCGAGCCUUCUGAGGACGAGUCUGGGCGAGGACGCGUUGCGGCCGUGGUCGGGUUGGUGAACUGGAUGAGUCGUGUCUGCGAUGUCGCCAUUACCCGUAGCUGAACCUCAAUGGACAGCUCAG